UUAGCAGUGCACAAAUAUAUGUGGGUCAAUGUUAUGGUAAAGAACGUUGUUGGUGCACUGCAAACUGCAAACCCUUGAAAUCCCUUGUGCUUGCUACAAUAGCUUUUCUCAUCACCUUCCAAUCUUUCUUUCUUGUGAUCUCAUCAUCUCCUGAACUUGAGGCUCAAAUAAUCAUGGUUGCAAAACUUCAGGGUAGAGCUUAUCUUUCAUCUUUUGUUGAUGCUGUUUUGGACAAGCUGUCUGCACUCGAUGCCAACUCAACUCCAAUAGCAAGAAAGUUAGCUGACCAGAAGUUGUUUCGAAGUCUGAGGGCAAGUCUCCGUGCAACUCGCCUUGUGCUUGAUGAUGCUGAGCAGAAGCAGAUCAGAGACCAAGAAGUCAGGAAGUGGGUAGUUGAUCUCCAAGAUGCUGUCUAUUUGGCUGAUGACCUGCUGGAAGAAAUCUCCACUAAAGCUGCUGCUGUCACUCAAAGGGAUCCAGAGAUGCCAAAGGGAAUGAGCAAUUUAAAACAUUUGAAUUCAUUGUGGCGCUAUAUUGUCGGGAGGGACAAAGAGAAUGGGAUAAGAGAAUUGGGAACACUUGACAAUCUCCAUGGCUCACUUUGCAUUUCCAACAUUGAGAAUGUCAACAACAGUUGUGAAGCUUCAGAGGCAAAGAUGAGUAACAAGAAGCACAUCAACAUUUUAGAAUUGAAAUGGCUUUCACAUUGUGAUAUUGAUAUUGUUGAUUUUCAAAAUGAGAGAGAGAUACUUAACAAGUUACAACCUCACCGAAACUUGAAAGAGUUAUCAAUUGUGGGUUAUAGGAGUGAAACAUUCCCAAACUGGUUAGGCUUAGGUCUAUCUUGUUACUCCAAUAUGACCAAAUUGAGAAUGAAUGGUUGUAUGAAUUGUCGUCAGCUUCCUUCGCUGGGACAGUUACCGUCUCUGCAGCAUCUGGAGUUAUUUGGACUUGAUGGGUUGGAGAGGAUUGGUGGUGAGUUUUACAAGAACGGUGAAUCAUCUCAUGAGGGGACGCCCUUCAGAUCCCUUCAAAGUCUGGCAUUUCAUAGAAUGCAUGGUUGGCGAGAGUGGCAUAUUCCUGAUGAGUUUGAUGGAUUUCCUAAACUCAAAAGGCUUUCAAUACAUGAUUGUCCGGUGUUAAGUGGAGAUCUGCCAGCUCACCUUCCGGCUCUGGAGCAACUUACCAUUUGGAAAUGCGAAGAGCUUGCGCUUUCACUUCAGAGAGCUCCCCAGCUUCACCAAUUACUUGUAAUGGGCACUGCGUUCUAUAUGAAUUCGGCACGGUGUGAGGUAUUAAUUUCAGAAACUCGGCAAACCAAUUCCGCAUUGAAGUGCCUGCCCCGCAUCCAAUCGUUGUAUCUCCAAGCUUUGAUAAUCAAGGAUUGUUGGUCAGCCAUAUCAAUUUCAGGAGAUUAUUUGCCCGCUACAUUACAAUAUCUCCAAAUCUGUAAUUGUUCAAAAUUAACAUUCUCAGAGCCACUGCAACACACGUGGCUAAGGGAGAUAUUUGUGUACAAGUGUGAUUCAUUGACGUUGUUUCCAUUACUGGCUCUUCCAAAUCUCGAGGCACUCUCAAUCACAUAUUGCCCCCAUUUAGUAUCCAUGCCGGAGCUAAGGUUUGUUGCGCCCCGCCUAGAGACGCUGUAUAUAGGAUAUUGCCCAGAAAUGGAUUCUUUUGGAGAGGAGUGCCUCCCGCGGAGCUUGACAACUCUUCGGAUCCAUAAUUGCCAGAAACUAGCGAGGUGGAUAACAUCCAAUGGUCUGCGGAGUCAAGGCCUUACCCAUCUUAUCCUUACUUUUUGGAAGGAAGUUAAGUCAUUCCCAAGAGAGGGUUGCCUUCCUACUUCCCUCGAGUCUCUACAAUUGUGGUACUUUUCAAAUCUGGAGACGCUAGACUGCAAGGGCCUUCACCAUCUCACCUCCCUCCAAGAAUUAACAAUUAAAUACUGUCCAAAGCUGGAGAAUUUCACACAAGAAAACCUUCCUGCCUCUGUAGCAAAACUCCGCAUUGGGGAAGAAUCUCCUUUGAGGCGCAAACUGGAAGAGAUGAACGAUCCACGAAUUCAAUCUAAACUAUUGACUUUUUUACAGGAUCCGUCAACGAUUUAGAAAUACUAAUGAGGAUUUGAGGCAAGGUGGGACUUGGAGUACACUGAAGUAAGUUUUAGCAUUUGUUCAGGUUUAUAAGAACAUAUGGAUCAGUUUGUUAUACCAAUGAAUCUGUCUAGAAUCACCAACUAUUUCAAUUACAGAAGUUGCUUCUCCUAUAAAUGAAGCAGAUAAUCAAAGAGUUUAAUGUUGCAAGAAAUUCAUAGAUAUGGUAAUGCAAGCAUUCAAUGAAAACCAGUGCAAGGAUGCCUUUUUUUUCUUAAACAUCUUGUCAGUGCUUGGCGCAACACACACUUCAUCCAUUUUCGAUGGGUUUCUUUUGAUAUAGAUCCUGAAAUUCAAUAUAGAUUUCCUUACUGGAAUUGUUGAAACUCUGACUGGGACUGCCAUUCAUUCAAGUUUCAUGAUCAACCAUCACAAGUUCAUUAAGUCCAAACUCAGUUUUACCAAGGAAUACCCUGAGUUUUGAUUGGGACCUUAGGAAUAAGAGUUGGUUGUAACUCCCCAUUCUGUAUAUAUAGAUUUUGUUCCACAUCGUUAUAUUGCAGUUCCUUCAACAAUGCUAGUGUCAAGAGAGGGCAUUGAGAUCUCCAAAUGGGAAAUAAGAGAUAAUUUCCCUAUCUGCAUUUGCCAGCACCUCUAAUAAUAUAUGUAUUUGCCUGUGAUGAAUUGAAAGAUCAGUAACAUUAAUUUUUUAAGAUAAUUUUAUAGCAUAUAUAUAUCACCUUAGAUAUGCUAGGAUGCAACUUGCAAGGAACAAAUAGUCAAGCAAUCUUGUCCUUCAACAUGAGACACUUU